AUGAGACUUAACACUGGAACCGCCAUUGCGGCCUCUCUGCUCCUGGCUAGCCCAAUCAACGCUAUCAAUAUUAUCUCAUCCAACGAUGAUGGUUGGGCCGAGGUUAACAUUCGUGCCUUGUACGACGCUCUGAAUACCGCAGGACACACAACUGUUGUUUCUGCUCCAGCUGAGGAUGAAAGUGGAACAGGUUCUGACCAAGGAACACCUACUGUUCUCACUGAGGCCUGCGAGUUUAACAGUUGUCCAUCGGGAAGCCCUGCCAUUGGUAACAAUGCGUCUGAGCCUCGUCUCAACUAUGUGAACUCCUACCCAGCGACUUCCAUGAAGUACGGUAUCAACUCUAUUGGUCCUACUUACUUCGAUGGAGCCGCCCCUGAUCUCGCAGUUACAGGCCCCAAUGUUGGUAACAACAUCGGAUUGGAGGUCUUGCUCUCUGGAACUGCCGGUGCGGCUACUUAUGCUGCGUACGAUGCUGGCAUUCCUGCCAUCGCAUUCUCCGGUGACACCGGCUCUCAAACUGCCUGGAAUGCUUCGUCGACCUACCCGCUCUACAGCCAAAUCUACGCUGACCUUGCUGUCAACGUUACCGAUACCUUGAUUGCUUCCGGUACACCUUACCUGCCAAAUAACAUCUGGCUCAAUGUGAACUUCCCCGCAGUCUCUGACUCGAAGUGUAACACUGUCGGUGACUUCAAGUUUAUCUUCUCUCGCAUCUACACCGCUGUCCCUCUCAUCACCCCCGAUGAUGUGACAACCUGCGGUAGCGACCGUCUGCCCAGUGAGCUGGAGGUCUCUCUGGCCGCUGAUCUCGACUCUGAGUGUUAUGCAAGCAUUUCUGUCGGUCUGGCAAGCAACAAGUCCGACGCUAAUGCCACCAUGCAAGCUGUUGUCCUGGACAAGCUUAGCGGAAUUCUCUCCUGCAUGUAA